AAAGUGUAGGAUGUAGCACAGGACGUGGCUAACAAGCGGCUAGUUACAGUAGGGCGUCCGAAAAUACAUAAAAAUCGUCAUAGGGAUCUGUUUUACUACAUGCCCACGGAGUGUCUGAGUCUCUUUCUACAGAGAUUAUAUCUGCUGCCAGAUGUGACGUAUCAGCAAUCCAUCAAGAGCUGAAUGGACGCAUUUGAGGCCUUUUGAGGUUGAGGGUAAUGUACCAUGGGGUACGACGUUACAAGGUUCCAAGGGGAGGUGGACGAAGACCUGCUGUGCCCAAUAUGUAGUGGAGUGCUAGAAGAACCAGUGCAGGCUCCACACUGUGAACAUGCCUUCUGCAAUGCCUGUAUAACACAGUGGUUUGCGCAGCAGCAGAUUUGUCCUGUUGACCGCACAGUCGUGACACUAGCUCACCUCCGACCUGUGCCCCGCAUCAUGCGCAACAUGCUGUCCAAACUUCAGAUCAACUGUGACAAUGCAAGCUUUGGCUGCACAGCCACACUGCGGUUGGACCAGCUGCAGUCACAUCUCAAGGACUGUGAGCACAACCCCAAAAGGCCCGUCAACUGUGAGGAAGGAUGUGGGCUCGAAAUGCCCAAAGAUGAGCUGCCUAACCAUAACUGCAUCAAACACUUGCGGAGUGUCGUCCAGCAGCAGCAGACUAAGAUUUCAGAGCUGGAGAAAACUGUGGCAGAACAUAAGCACCAGUUAGGAGAGCAAAAAAGAGACAUUCAGCUGCUAAAAGCCUACAUGCGAGCAAUCCGCAGUGCAAACCCCAACCUGCAAAACCUUGAGGAGAGCAUUGAGUACAAUGAGAUCCUGGAGUGGGUGAACUCCAUGCAGCCUGCCAGAGUGACACGCUGGGGCGGCAUGAUCUCCACUCCUGAUGCUGUGCUCCAGGCAGUCAUCAAACGCUCCCUCAUCGACAGCGGCUGUCCUCUCUCAAUUGUGAACGACCUGAUCGAGAACGCCCACGAGCGUAACUGGCCGCAGGGACUGGCUACUCUCGAGACGCGGCAGAUGAACAGGCGCUACUAUGAGAACUACGUUGCCAAGCGUAUCCCUGGCAAGCAGGCAGUGGUGGUGAUGGCCUGCGAGAAUCAGCAUAUGGGGGAGGAUAUGAUCCUGGAGCCCGGCCUGGUUAUGAUCUUUGCGCACGGAGUGGAGGAGAUCUUAUAACUCUACAUUUAGCUGAACGAUCCAGAGACAAGUGGGGACGUUUUGCUUGGGGGUUUGCUGUGAUGAGUUGGUUUUUCUUCUAUGGAAUGAAACCUUCUGAGUAAAUCUGGCUUAUUUAAAAUAAAAUCUUAGGCUCACUCCUAAGCUUGAUACCUAUGCCUUAAAGUAAGGACAAAUACUUUAUGAACCUGGCAAAUAUAAACUAAAUCUGACUGAUAUCUAAGAUAAAAGGUGAGAUGUGAUGUUUACAAGGUUUAUAUUUAGUGCAUUAUAUGAUCUGAUUGUUCUGCUCCAUGUCCUAAUAUAGUAAUAAGCUUGAACCCCCAUUUAAUGUCCUCGGUUGUAUAAAUGCUUGUAAAUACAAAUACUAUAUUGAAUUAUAAAUGUUAUACUCCUCACUGUAAUUAGAUUGUGAUUUUUGUUUAUCUCAGUUUCGUUUCGUCAGCCUGAGCAGGGACGUCAACUCUGAAGAUUUUCCACGUGCUUGCUUUAGUGUUUAGUUUCCUGUGAAUAUUUCACAAGACAUUGUGCUUCUCAAUUUAGAUUGUCCAAACCUUCUGUGCCAUUUGUUUUAUUUAUUGUGUUGCCUUUUACACAAUCAUGCUUGAAGAUGUUACCAUUUGAUGUAUGGAAAUCUGCCUUUUUCGGUGCAUUUGAAGUUCAUUGCAGAAAGAAAAAUUGAUUUUUGUGUUUUCUUUGUUGCCUCAGUUGUACAUAUCGUCUGUAUGUUGGAUCCGUUUAAAGUGUUAAAUUUGAGGUUUAACAUUUGGGAUUUAACUAUAUAUAAUGACUUUUAUUUGACAAAUCGUAAUGGUUCACUUGUUCUGUGAUCCUUAUUUCAUUUUUUUGAUGAUUGAAAUAUAGACAUUGAUCUUCUCAUUCUUCAUAGAUAUCAAACAUCUUUUCACUGACAUGCCACUAGAAGACACAGCUUGGAGAUUGUACAAAUACUUGUAAAGUCACUCUUAAGGCUUUUGAGAGGAAAAACUGCUUUACCAUCAGUCACUUUUUGCUGUUGUAACCCAAGACUUCAGCUGACAGUAUAUAAGCCCACACAAGUGGUUUGUGCCCUUUACUAUUUUCCUUGUUAAUGUUUUUAUUUGUUUCGUGUCUGUUAUGUACCGUGUUGUACAGACAAGAAAGUAAUAAAAUGUCAAACUUCAUCUUAAA